CUUAUGACCCGCACAGAAGCGCCGAAUCUUGGCGUUUGCGGGGCUGUGGUCGGUGGUCCGCGCUCCUCUUGGCCCGGUUCCUCAAAGCCUUUUCGCUGGUGUUGCUGCUGCCGUUGCCACCGUCGCCGCCACCUCCACCCCGAGCAGCCGCCGCCGCCGCCUGCUUUGCGGAAUCAUGGUGUGCUUCCGCCUCUCCCCGGUUCCGGGCUCGGGGCUCGUUCUGCUCUGCCUUGUCCUGGGAGCGGUCUCAUCUUAUGCCUUGGAACUUAAUGUGACAGACUCAGAAAAAGCCACUUGCCUUUAUGCAAAAUGGCAGAUGAAUUUCACAAUACGCUAUGAGACCACAAGCAAAACUUACAAAACUGUAACCAUUUCAAACUUUAGCACUGCAACAUAUAAUGGAAGCAUUUGUGGGGAUGGCCAGAACAAUCCCAAAAUAGCGGUGCAGUUUGGAUCUGGUUUUUCCUGGACUGUGAAUUUUACGAAGGAGGCGUCGUCUACUUACUCAAUUGAUGGCAUCUCGUUUUCCUACAACAUUAGCGAUAACACGACAUUUCCUGAUGCUAAAGAUAAAGGAAUUUUGACCGUCCAUGACGCUGUGGGAUUCAGAAUUCCUUUGAACAACAUCUUCAGAUGCAAUAGUUUAUCAACUUUAGAGAAGAAUGGUGUCGUCCAGUCCUACUGGGAUGUUCACGUACAGGCUUUUGUCCAGAAUGGCACAGUGAGCACAAAAGAGUUUCUGUGUGAAAAAGAUAAAACUAUAACCACUGUGGUGCCCAUCACCCCCACCACUGCACCACCCCCUACUACAACACCCACUCCAAAGGAAAAACCAGAGGUGGGAUCCUACUCGGUUAAUAAUAGCAAUGGUACUUGCCUUCUGGCUACCAUGGGGCUGCAGCUGAACUUCACUCACGAUAAGGUUGUUUCAGUUAUUAACAUCAACCCCAAUACGACUGACUUCACCGGGAGCUGUCAGCCUCAGACUGCCCUGCUUAGGCUGAACUGCAGCAACAUCAAGUAUCUUGACUUUGUCUUCGCUGUGAAAAAUGAAAACCGAUUCUAUCUGAAGGAAGUGAAUGUCAGCAUGUACUUGGUUAAUGGCUCCGUUUUUAGCAUCGCAAAUAACAAUCUGAGCUACUGGGAUGCCCCCCUGGGAAGUUCUUACAUGUGCAACAAAGAGCAGACUGUUUCAGUGUCUGGAGCAUUUCAGAUAAAUACCUUUGAUCUAAGGGUUCAGCCUUUCAAUGUGAUGGAAGGAAAAUAUUCUACAGCUGAAGAAUGUUCUGCUGACUCUGACCUCAACUUUCUUAUUCCUGUUGCAGUGGGUGUGGCCUUGGGCUUCCUUAUAAUUGUUGUCUUUAUCUCCUAUAUGAUUGGAAGAAGGAAAAGUCGUACUGGUUAUCAGUCUGUGUAACCAAUUAAAUCUAGUGCUUUUUUUUUUGCCAUCAGAAGUUACAUUUCCAUUGGCUAGAUGCCAGGAAAUGCUGUUUAAGAUAUGCAGACUAACCUCAGUGAAUUGCUGGCUAACUUAGGCAUGAAUAGCUCUUAUUUAAAAAAAAAAAAAACAACAAUGUAUUAGGACCAAUUUUUUUUCUGUUUUUUUUCUUCCUUUGUUAAAGUGUAAUUGGAAGAAAAAUUGUGGCUUAGAAUAUGGUUUUUAUUAAAUAAUGAUUUUAAGCCUCUGGAUUCAAUUAUGAAAGCAUUUCUACUAAAGAAUAAUUUUAUAUGUUGCAGCUACUUGUAUUUUGCUACUUUGGUUGACAGUAUUUACAAAAUCAAAGCUGUUAGAGAAUUUAACUUGCUUGGGGAAAUAAAUUCAAGAACAAUGAAUUCCUUUUCAUUGGUGGCAAGCAUAAAAUUUGGUUCAUAAUAAGACUUCCUUUCCUCACCUCCUGAUCAGGAUUAUCUAAAUCUGUUUAGUAUUUUUCUGUUAAAAAAAAAAAAGAGAGAAAGAAAUGGCUUCACAAUAUGUGCUUAAUAGCAAAAGUCUGCCUGUUUUCUUCAUUACCAUUAGUGGCAACUGUAUUUUAAUAAGGAUGUCUUUUUUCUUUUUGCCUCCUGGAAUUUGGAAUAUAUUGAUUAUCUCAGACUUGAUAUUUAUGCUGAAGAAUGAAUUAAGAUCUUCAGCUUUUUUUUUAAGUGUUGAUAUAGGAUGGGUUAUGGUUUUUUAGGGUUAUAAUUUAGAAUUUUUUUUUUCCUUAGAGCCUUAACUUGUCCAGAAAGUGAAUUCAUCCUCCACCAAAAAAAACGCCCAAAACCACUUCUAUACUUUGUGGGCCUCCUGCACUCUCCCACUCCCUACAUGAAUAAGUUCUAAUUGACAUUUUUUAAUGUAUCGAUUUCUUUUUUCUUGCAGCAGCAAGUGCUAACUCUAGAGGCUAGUGGGCCCUGAAGUAUCAUCAGUCAGGUGGCUGCCUAGCCAAAGCUGUACUGGGAUUAUACUGUAAAUUUGUUGAUCUUGAUAGAGACUUCUAUCCCUGUAGGGACCUCUCAUGGCUCUGGCUUCUGGAGUAAGGUACUAGAGACCAUUCAUCCCAGGGCCUGCUUGGUUGGCUAGGCUGUUGAAUUGCCCUUUGAUUUGGAAGCACAGUGUUGUAUUUCUCUAGGGCCCAAAUGGCUACUUUGCAUACCUGGUAUGAGCAUAAGGCAGGUGUUUAUUUUACCAAGCUAUUUUCUUUCUAACUAAAAACAAAAGUCUCCAAAGAUCUGCCUUCGCUUCAGAAGUGUUCCAUGGAUUAAAAAAUGAAGCCUAAACCUUAAAUAAAGUUAGUUUGCUAUUAAAUCCAAGGAUUAAGUCCCAGUCUACCUCUUAGCACAAUGCAGCUGUGUUGUUGCCUUUAACUGAGGCCAGAACUCUUUGCCAAUAACUGGUAUUAGACAAUUUUGUUAAAAAGGAAGAGACUUCAUCAAGAUCUUUCUUUACUAUCUUAUCUAUAUGUUCGUCUCGAAAGCAUCUAUUCCAAUGUGGCAUAGAGUCAGAUUGCUCAAUUACAUCUCCCUUAGAACUCUCUAGCUCUGACUUGCAGAUUCAAGCUCUCCUCUAUUUGCUAAGUACAGAAAGAAAGUUUUCUUUUAAAAUGUUCUCCUGUGAAAACAAUUGCUUCUUUGUUAUUCAGUCAAAAUGAUGACACCAUAACGAACAGUGGCUUAAUUUCGAUGAAUAUUUUUGAGAUGAUUGUCUGGAAAGCCAGAUGAUGUAAAUCAGCUUGUGACCUUGCUAAGCAUAUGAACUGGAAAUUCAGAUACAUUCAGAAUUAAGGCUUCACUUAGAAGUUUUCUACCUUCCGGGCAGGAGACUAAUAGCACUAAUUCAUCAUUAGGUAUCAUGGCUUUAUCUUAGAUAAUUAGCAGAUGUGUUUAAUUCUUGUUUGAGAAUGAAGAUUAAAAUACAAAAUAUUUGUGGAGGGUUAAAACAAAAGCUGCUUUAAUUCCAAUAAAGAAUGGGAAGCCCCAAAUCUAGGAACUGAGGAUUCAAUUAGCUUUGCUCACUGAGUUCAUUUUUCUGUCAGUACAACAGUGGAUCAGACAGUAGGACUUUGAACUCACAGAUACAAAGGAUUGUUUUUCACCUAAGCUUCUUUGGAAGAACUGAUGCUUGCUGCGACCUAAAGUUUUGGACAUAACAAUUUAGUGAACUAAUCAAUACCUGCAAAAUAAAACAUACUGUGGUAUUCCUGUUUAAUCUGAUAUGUGUGAUUUUUAGACCAGUGGAUUCAAAGAUAAUAAAGAUUAUACAGUCCGUAUCACUAUGGAUAACUUCAUUUUUAUUCCAUGUGCUCAGCCUUAAGAGCUUGGAUUGAUUUGUAUAAUUUAAGUUCCUCAAAUUCUAGUCUCUUGAGUUGUCAGUAGGAAUCCUGUGAUUUCAUAGCUCUGCAAAUUAACCAUGUGCCACUGGGAAGAAGGCAUUAGGAAUCUUUAGUACAGACAAUUCAAAUGUGGGGGCCUAUGUGGUUGUGAAAAUUCCAAGAAAACACUGAAAAGAAAAUAUGGAAAUCUAACAAAUGUAAGAGCUUCUGAAUAAAUGGACUUUCAGCACGUGUCUGCUUUUCCU